UAGGGUUUGUGCUGGAUGUAAAACUCCACUUGGACAUGGACAGUUUCUCAGUUGUAUGGAUUCUGUUUGGCACCCUCGGUGCUUCAGGUGCUCAGCUUGCAGUGAGCCAAUAUCAGACUCUGAGUACAUGAAGAUCAUCCAUACCACAGUACCUGCUACAAGGAGAAUUUUCAUCCAAAAUGUGAUGUUUGCAAGAACUUUGUAAGCAACCGGUGUUUCAAGUUUAUGAAUUCGAACAAAUAAAAAUGGUUUAAUUGAAUACCGGGCCCAUCCUUUCUGGAUGCAGAAGUAUUGUCCUUCGCAUGACAAUGACGGUACUCCUAGGUGUUGCAGUUGUGAACGAAUGGAGCCAAAGGAUAUCAAGUACAUAACAUUAGAUGAUGGCCGGAAGCUCUGCUUGGAGUGUCUAUAUACUUCAAUAAUGGACACAGACGAGUGCCAACCAGUAUACAUUGAUAUCCAGGAAUUCUAUGAGGGUUUGAACAUGAAAGUAGAGCAACAGAUCCCCUUGCUUUUGGUUGAACGUCAAGGUUUAAAUGAAGCCAGGGAAGUAGAGAAAAUGGGGCAUCACCUUCCUGAAACCAGGGGUCUCUGCCUAUCGGAAGAGCAAAUUGUCAGAAUGAUAUCGAGACGACCAAUAAUUGGACCAGGAAGCAAAAUGAUAGACAUUUCUACAGCACCAUACAAACUAGUUCGGCGGUGUGAAGUGACUGCAAUUCUUGUACUAUAUGCUUUGCCAAGACUGCUCACAGGCUAUAUUCUAGCUCAUGAGAUGAUGCAUGCAUACCUUCGACUUAAAGGAUACCGAAUCCGUAAUCCAGAGGUUGAAGAAGGCAUCUGUCAGGUCCUAGCUCAUCUCUGGCUUGAGUCUGAAAUCGUGUCAGGUUCAAGCAGUAGCAUUGCAACCACAUCUGAAGCAGCAGCUGUAGCAGCAGAAGCAGCAGUAGCAGCAGAAGCAACAGCGACACCUUCUUCAACAUCUUCCUCGGCGAAAAAGGGUGAAAAGACUGACUUUGAGAAAAAACUUGGAGAAUUCUUCAAGCACCAGAUCGAAACAGAUCCCUCUGCAAUAUAUGGAGAUGGGUUUCGAGCUGGCAUUCGAGCAGUUGAACGAUAUGGCUUGAGAGGUACCCUUGAUCAUAUCAAGCGGUCAGGUUCUUUUCCAAGUUGAGGCAGGGGCAUCUUCAGUUUGUGAGCAUGGGGCAUAUCCUAUAUGGAGAUGGGUUUCGAGCUGGCAUUCGAGCAGUUGAACGCUAUGGCUUGAGAGGUACCCUUGAUCAUAUCAAGCGGUCAGGUUCUUUUCCAAGUUGAGGUAGGGUUUUGCAUCUUCAGUUUGUGAGCAUGGGGCAUAUCCUAUGAGGGCUUUUUGGUUCAGAGUUAGGCAUACCAGCAUAAGAUGACAGAUAGAAGACAGAAAAAUGAGGGUUUAGUCAUCAUAUACCAUAAAUUACAGAGAUCUUUUCUGUUGUGCUUUAGAUAUGAAUUUGCCAUGAUAGCAAGCAUGAGAAACCUUUGGCUGGCAGUCUCAUUUUAUGAUUGUGUGCACAAUGUAAAUAUUCGAUAUACAAAAAGAAAGUUGAAUGUAUUUUGAUGUUUGAAAGCAAUGCCUUUCUGUAUGUGUGUA